CUUGUUUCUCUUUCCAUCGGUCGGUUGCUCCUCCUUUCCCUUUCUCCGCGAUCUUCUCUCGCCGUGUGCUUCUGCUAAAUUUCUGCGACGCUUCUCUGAGAGUAGCCGUGGACUUGUUCAUCUCGAACUGUUUUCACAUUUCGAUAUCAUUUAAACCUUCUCAAAAGAACAGAAACGCUCAUCUUCGGCUCAGAUCUGUUUCCGGAGCAGCUUCAGAGCCCCAAUUCCAGGCGAAUCAGGGGUUCUGGGGUUUCUACUUUUUUCAUGUUUCGGGUUUAUACUCGCCCGUAAUUCCAUCUUCGUUGAAAUUUUAGUGGUCCGAGGUUCUUCAAGAAUGGCAAGAAUUUACGAUAAUUGGGAUCGACUGGUUCGUGCCACCUUACGGAGAGAGCAGCUUCGUAACGCAGGUAAAGGGCAGGACAGAGUCUCCGGUGGGCUUUCUGGUGAUGUUCCUCCAUCGCUCCGCAGGACCACGAACAUUGACGCGAUCUUACAAGCUGCCGAUGAGAUUGAAGAUGAGGAUCCCAAUGUUGCCCGGAUCCUGUGUGAGCAAGCAUAUUCAAUGGCGCACGACCUGGACCCCAACAGUGAUGGAAGAGGUGUGCUCCAGUUCAAGACUGGUCUAAUGUCUGUAAUUAAGCAAAAACUCUCUCAGAAGGAUGGAACAAGAGUUGACCGUAAUAGGGAUAUUGAGCGCUUGUGGGAUUUCUACCAACUGUAUAAGAGACGACAUAGAGUUGAUGAUAUUCAAAGGGAGGAGCAGAAAUGGAGGGAAUCUGGAACAUUCAGUGCCAAGUUGGGAGAGUUGGAGCUAAGAGCUAUGGAAAUGAAGAAGGUUUUUGCUACCUUGAGGGCUUUAGUUGAGGUGAUGGAAGCUCUUAGCAAAGACGCACCUCCUGAUGGGGUGGGAAGGCUUAUUACGGAGGAGUUAGGAAGAAUGAAGAGAUCAGAUGCAGCUUUGACGGGAGAGCCAUACAAUAUCGUACCUCUAGGUGUACCAUCCUUAACCAAUGCUAUUGGAGUAUUCCCUGAAGUUAGAGCUGCAAUAUCUUCCAUAAGAUAUACAGAACAGUUGCCCAAGCUUCCUGCUGAUUUUAAGGUUUCAGGACAUAGAGAUCCAGAUAUGCUUGAUCUCCUGGAGUAUGCUUUUGGUUUCCAGAAAGACAAUAUCAGGAACCAGCGUGAAAAUGUAAUUCUUUUAGUAGCAAAUGCACAGUCUCGUCUUGGCAUACCUGUGGAAGCUGAACCGAAGAUAGAUGAGAAAGCUAUUAAUGAGGUUUUUCUGAAGGUGCUUGAUAACUAUAUCAAGUGGUGCAAAUAUUUGCGGACUCGUCUUGCAUGGAACAGCAAUGAAGCAAUCAACAGAGAUAGGAAGCUUAUUUUGGUUUCUUUGUACUUCCUUAUCUGGGGUGAAGCUGCAAAUGUUCGCUUUCUUCCUGAAUGCAUUUGCUAUUUGUUCCACCAUAUGGCGAAGGAGUUGGAUGCAAUAUUGGAUCAUGGUGAAGCUAAGCUAGCUGCUAGUUGUAUGAGUGGCAAUGAUUCUGUGUCCUUUCUCGAUCAAGUCGUUACUCCUAUAUAUAAAACACUGAAAGCGGAGGCUGAUCGAAAUAACAAUGGGAAAGCUGCACAUUCUGCGUGGCGGAAUUAUGAUGACUUCAAUGAAUAUUUUUGGUCGCGUGCUUGCUUUGAAUUGAGAUGGCCGUUGAGGAAGGACUCUCCAUUUUUAAUGGAGCCUAAGAAACGGAAAAGGACAGGGAAAAGCAACUUUGUUGAGCAUCGGACGUUUCUUCAUUUAUAUCGGAGUUUUCAUCGUUUAUGGAUUUUUCUGGCCCUGAUGUUCCAGGGGCUGACAAUCAUUGGUUUCAGCAAUGGAACUAUUAAUCUUCAUACCUUUAAGAAAGUUCUUAGCAUCGGACCCACCUUUGCUAUUUUGUGUUUCAUUGAGAGUUGUUUAGAUGUCCUGCUUACAUAUGGAGCAUAUAAAACAGCACGGGGCAUGGCAAUCUCAAGGCUUAUUAUUAGGCUUUUCUGGUUUGGUAUCAGCUCCGUAUUUGUGAUUUAUGUGUACAUAAAGGUUCUGCAAGAGAGUAAUAAUCGAAAUUCAGAUUCGUUCUACUUUCGGAUUUACAUUCUUGUGCUGGGUGUUUAUGCUGCUUUGCGGUUCCUCUUUGCAAUGUUUCUAAAAUUUCCGUGUUUUCACGUGCUAUCGGAAUUGUCUGAUCAGUCCUUCUUUCAAUUUUUUAAGUGGAUAUAUCAGGAACGGUUCUUUGUAGGACGUGGUCUUUUUGAAAAGACUAGUGAUUAUUUGAGGUAUGUGGUCUUCUGGAUGGUGAUCUUUGGAUGUAAAUUUACAUUUGCUUACUUUCUCAUGAUUAAACCACUGGUCAGUCCUACCAAAGUCAUAGUGAAUAUUUCCGAUUUAACUUACUCUUGGCAUGAUCUUUUCUCAAAGCACAAUCAUAAUGCGUUGACGGUUGCUACCCUUUGGGCACCGGUUGUGUCUAUCUACCUUAUGGAUAUUCACAUAUGGUACACAGUCUUAUCUGCUCUUGUUGGUGGUGUGAUGGGUGCUCGUGAGCGUUUAGGAGAGAUACGUUCAAUUGAAAUGGUUCAUAAACGUUUUGAGAGCUUUCCGGAAGCCUUUGUGAAGAAUCUUGUAUCUUCCCAGACAAAAAGGAUUCCUUCAGACACACAAUCAUCCCAGGUUUCUCCGGAGGUGAUGAACAAGGAAUUUGCAUCUAUAUUCUCUCCCUUCUGGAAUGAGAUCAUCAAGAGUUUGCGUGAAGAAGAUUAUAUCAGUAACCGUGAGAAGGACUUGCUUUCUAUUCCAAGCAAUGCUGGAAGUCUCAGAUUAGUUCAGUGGCCUUUGUUUCUUCUUUCCAGCAAGAUCUUUUUGGCCUUGGAUUAUGCUUUGGACUGUAAGGAUACUCAGGCAGAUCUAUGGAGCAGAAUAUCUAGGGAUGAAUACAUGGCAUAUGCUGUUCAGGAGUGCUACUACAGUGUAGAAAAGAUUCUGCAUUCUCUAGUUGACAGUGAAGGGAGGCUUUGGGUGGAAAGGAUCUUCCGUGAGAUUAAUAACAGUAUUUCGGAGAAUUCUCUGGUUAUAACUUUAGUUCUCAAGAAGCUUCCACUGGUGGUUUCAAGGUUUACGGCUUUGACUGGGCUUCUGACACGGAAUGAGACUCCUAGUCCUGAGCUAGCUAGAGGCGCUGCAAAAGCUGUGUAUGACCUAUAUGAAGUAGUUACACAUGACCUGCUGUCGGCUGAGUUAAGGGAGCAGUUUGAUACAUGGAACAUAAUAGCGAAAGCUAGAAAUGAAAGACGUCUCUUUUCUAGAAUAGAAUGGCCAAAGGACCCGGAAAUUAAGGACCAGGUGAAGCGAUUGCACCUCCUCCUGACCGUCAAGGAUUCUGCUGCCAAUGUCCCAAAGAAUCUUGAAGCAAGAAGAAGAUUAGAGUUUUUUGCAAAUUCUUUAUUCAUGAACAUGCCUCCUGCAAAGCCAGUCUGUGAGAUGAUUCCAUUCAGUGUGUUCACGCCAUACUACAGUGAGACUGUUCUUUAUAGUUCCUCUGAGUUGCGGGCUGAGAAUGAGGAUGGGAUCUCUAUUCUGUUUUAUCUCCAGAAGAUAUUUCCAGAUGAAUGGAUGAAUUUUUUGGAACGAAUUGGUCGGACUGAAUCGACCGCGGAAGCUGAUCUUGAGGAGAGUUCUAGUGAUUCCUUAGAGCUUCGGUUCUGGGUAUCUUAUCGAGGUCAAACUUUAGCUAGAACUGUGCGUGGUAUGAUGUACUACAGAAGGGCUCUAAUGCUGCAAAGUUUUCUAGAAAAGAGAGCAUUAGGAGAUGAUGGUUAUUUGGUGGGCAAUUUUCAUACAUCACAAGGUUUUGAGAUAUCUCAUGUGUCUCGAGCACAGGCUGAUCUGAAAUUUACUUAUGUGGUGUCAUGCCAAAUUUAUGGGCAACAAAAACAGAAGAAAACUCAAGAGGCAGCUGAUAUUGCUCUUUUGUUGCAAAGGAAUGAAGCGCUUCGGGUUGCUUACAUACAUGUGGAAGAAAGUGCUGGUGCUGAAGGUGUAGUUUUGAGGGAAUUUUAUUCAAAACUUGUGAAAGCUGAUGUACAUGGGAAGGAUCAGGAAAUAUAUUCCAUCAAGCUUCCUGGAGAUCCCAAGCUUGGAGAAGGGAAACCCGAAAAUCAGAACCAUGCAAUAAUCUUCACACGUGGGGAAGCUAUUCAAACGAUCGAUAUGAAUCAGGAUAACUACCUUGAGGAGGCAAUGAAAAUGAGAAAUCUUGUAGAGGAAUUUCGUAGAAAUCAUGGUCUUCGACCCCCAACAAUUCUUGGUGUAAGAGAGCAUGUCUUUACUGGAAGUGUUUCAUCGUUGGCUUGGUUCAUGUCCAAUCAAGAAACUAGUUUUGUGACCUUGGGUCAACGUGUUUUGGCGAAUCCUCUAAAGGUCCGCAUGCACUAUGGGCAUCCUGAUGUGUUUGACAGGAUAUUUCAUAUAUCCCGAGGAGGCAUUAGUAAGGCAUCCCGUGUUAUUAAUAUUAGUGAAGAUAUAUAUGCAGGUAUGCAUUAGUGAUCUGUCUUCUUC